CUUCAAUUACAUGCUGCCAUAUGAGGAUAAAAUAUAUGGUAUCUAAUAAUAUUUCUAACACGAAAGACGAAGUCAAGAAAAAUAUAACAAUUCUGGAAGAUGGCGCUUAAGACGUCUUCGUGGCGCUGGAGCAGCAUUCGACAAUAGUGAAUCAUUAUUAACAUCCAAUAUAUUACAAUGAUUACAUGCAGCCUCCAACUUUGGAUGUUAUUCUUCAGCCUCUGCACAUUUGUUUUCUGUAAUAGAAAGGGGUUCUACAAUUUCUGUGUGUCUAAAGACAAGUUUAUGCCUAUAACAUUGGAUUGUGAUGGUAGAGCUUUCCAGACAGGGAAUAUAGAACAGUUUAAUCAAGUAGAACAUCAUCCUAUCACGAAAUUAAUUCUUAGAAAUGUUGGUCAAAAUAUAAGUAUAGUACCAAGAAAACUAAUGAAUUCAUUAAAGGAACUGAUUAUUACAAAUCAUACUAUUACUCACUUACGACCAAAAGAUGUCAAAAAUUUUUCCAAGCUCAAAUAUUUUGAACUAAUAAAAGGGCCUUUGAUGUUUUUGGAAAAGGAUGUGUUUAAAGCAAUGACCAAUCUUGAAAAACUAAAUCUAGAGGAAAAUCGUUUGAGCGAGAUCAAUGGGCUGAGAGGAUUACAAAAUUUAGAACAUUUAAAACUUUCUUCAAAUUUGUUUACGAAAAUACCAAAUAUUUCUCUCUUAAAGAAACUACAUACAUUGGAUAUUUCAAGUAACACGCUAAGACAAUUAGAAAAAAUCGUUCUUUCAAGUCCACAUGUAUCACUGAAAAACUUGUUAUUGAAAAACUGCAGUAUUUCAGAAAUUUCCGACUUAAUGUUUAAAGAUUUCCCCCAACUCGAGCGUGUAGAUCUUCAGUUCAACAUGUUAAAUAAUAUUCCUACUUCUAUAAGGUUCCUUCAAAAUUUAUAUUACCUCGAUCUAUCGAAUAAUCGAAUCACCAAGAUAUCAAACAAUUCGUUCCACAAUAAUGCACAUCUUGAACACCUGUCUAUUGAAUCGAAUGUAAUCGAAGUAAUGGAAACUUAUUCAUUAGUUCCGCUAAUAAAUUUAAAGAUACUGAGUAUUUCGAAUACAAAAGAGAGUAUAUCGUUGCCUAUCCUUCCUCAGAACACAAGAAUGACAGAUCUUCAAGUGGUUGGUUGCGAGCUAACUUUCAUUCCCCACGAUUUAUGCCAAAAAUUGCCUUCACUUGAAAAAAUUCGUCUUCACCACAACAAAAUUAUUAAUAUAUCUUUUGUUGGAAAAUGUACUAAUCUUACGACUCUAGAUGCUACACGUAAUCGUAUUAAGAUUUUGGAUGAGAAGUCAUUUGUAAAUCUCACUGAGCUUUUAGAUCUUGUGUUACGACGAAACUUGAUUGAAACCAUUGACAAAAAAAUUUUUUCUAAUUUAAGAAAUUUGGAAUUACUAAAUCUAGCAGAAAAUAAAAUUACAUAUAUUCAUCCAAAGGCUUUUAUAAAUUUAGCUAAAUUGAAAAAAUUAUACCUUGAAAAAAAUUCUUUGAAAAGUCUUUCUUGGGAAGGAUUACAAUCACUAUCAACACUAGUAGCAAGUGGAAAUGAGAAUCUUUUAACAUUUCCGGGACCUGAAAAAUUCCCAAAACUUGAGAAAAUCAAAGUGCCAUAUGUGUACCAUUGCUGUGAAUACAUAAAAGAAAAUGAGAGUAGAAUAAGACCCUAUUUUGAAAAUCUAAAAAACUUAGAUGUUGCUGAAAGCUUCACUUAUGAGGAUUCAGAUCACGAGUCAUCAUUGCAAUUUAAUCAUGCACCAAAAAAUGAAUCUCUAAAUGAUAAGUAUCCUGAAUAUAAUUAUCGCAACAACGGUGAGCAAUUUAUUCCAAGCAACCAGUUUAAACCUUUAAUUUAUUGUUCACCGCAACCAGAUGUAUUUCACCCUUGUACCGACCUCUUAAGUUGGUGGGCUCUUCGUUGCGGUUCAUGGACGGUUUUUUUAUUAGCUUUGCUUGGGAAUUGUGCAGUUCUCACUGUUAAUAUAUUCGGCAGAAGCCGAAUGGACGUUCCAAGAUUUUUAAUUUGCAAUCUUGCUGCUGCUGAUUUAUGUAUGGGAGUAUACUUAGGUUUCCUGGCCGUUGAAGAUGCUUUUACGCUAGGAGAAUUUAAACGAUAUGGGAUAUCAUGGCAACAGUCCAUUGCCUGCUCUACAGCGGGAUUUUUAGCUGUUUUUUCGAGUGAACUAUCAGUUUUCACUUUAGCUGUAAUAACUCUAGAGAGACUUUAUGCUAUCACUCAUGCUGUACAUUUAAAUAAGCGUCUCUCUCUACGUAGAGCUACUUAUAUUAUGGUCAUUGGUUGGAUUAUUGCUGUUAUUAUUGGUAGUUUACCUUUAUUUGGAAUUAGUGACUACAGAACUUUCGCCGUUUGUUUACCGUUUGAUGUUUCUGAUUACAAGUCAAAGGCAUACGUUUGCUCUAUUCUAGUUUUAAACUGUUCAGCUUUUUUUGUCAUUUUAGCAAGUUAUACUAAAAUGUACUAUUCGAUUCGUGGCUCACCUGCAUGGAAUUCCUCGGACUCAAGAGUCGCAAAACGAAUGGCAUUGCUUGUAUUUACAGAUUUCUUAUGUUGGGCUCCAAUUUCUUUCAUUUCGUUGUCUGCAACCUUCCGUCUGAAUUUUAUUACACUGGAGCAAGCUAAAAUUCUGACAAUUUUCGUUCUUCCUCUAAAUUCGUGUGCCAAUCCUUUUUUAUACGCUAUAUUCACAAAGCAAUUUGGCAAGGACUGUGUGCAAUUAUGUAGAAGAAUAGAGGAAAGUUCUCUAAGUAGAUCCUUGUCAAGACUCAAUCAACGGCAUCUUUCGUCCUCUAUGGAUUCAAAGAGUUUACGAAGAUUAACGAGUGCAUCGUCCAGCAUAAGAACGAGAAACCCCACUGACAAGAGUGACAAGUCUACUUUAAGCUCCCAAGAAUCACAGAUCAAGUCAAAAUGGUUAAAUUUUAAAUCAGCAAGGAGAUGCUGGUUGAGAAAAUUUUCAAGAAAUAAAGAGGAAAUAAGUUUACAAAUGACCCGAAAGGUUAACAACAAAUUUCCGUUGAUUGUUUUUCAAGCCAGUCCUAAAUCUUAUCGGAGGACAUACGAUAGACAUUUACAAAGUGAAAAUGGCUCUAUUUCUUAUAGAUUCGAUGUCUCGUUAUAAACAACAUCGAUCCCUGCUAUCGACUAUAUCGCUCAAACUAUAAGACAAAAAUUAUUGAGUUUUUCAGAAUAAAUAAAGCUAAAUCAUUAAAGAAAAUUAGUUGUCUUUCAAAGUGGACAAUUUAACCAUACAAUUUAAUUUUGUAUUAAAGCAAAG